GGCCCCCCACGCUUUCCUCCUCCCUUACACCGUCACGUGAGCACCGAAGCCCAAUCACACUCCGUGUUGUCGCGACUGGACGCCAUUGCUGCUGUCACAGAGGCGAAGCUCCGGUCAGUGUGUGAGGCAGAGGACGGCUGCGGUAGAGUCUCGUACCCCCCCCAAGCCAACAACGGAGCCACUAAGGAGACGGGACGCUCUUUGCUCCAACUCGUAGGCCUCGGUGCCAUUUGCAAGGAGCGCACAGUCACCCGGCAGGCAAAGCCCUCAUCCCGAGCAGGCCAGGAUCCUGCGGCCUCCUCCUGUGGCACGGGGCGGUACGCUUUUCCCACAUCCCCGGGAAGCUUGGAGUUCGGAAGUACUCUGCAGCUAGGACUGGAUAUCUGAGAAAGGACCCGGAGGCCCAGGGGCAGGCGCCGCCAGGAGCCCCCCUGUCAUUUGCGGGAUCUAUGUGACUGGCAUGCACUUGGGUGCUAUUGGAUCUUGCAGCUUCGGGUGCACACACAGCCGUAUACAUUCAAGCUGUGGCAUCAGGGCGACUGGGCAGACAGGAGGCCCCGGCACGCUAGGGGGCGAAGCCCUGCACCUGGGCUGCUACCGACACAGCCCGUCCAUCGUGAUACUGUCAGCGUGAUUUUUUUCCUCCUGUAAAGCCACUUGUACUUGCAUUGCAUUCCCUGACAAGCAGGGGGAGGCCGCAGCGUUUCCUUUCCCACCUCUUCCUUUCACAUCCCACGGCGUCGGUCCGCCCCUCCCCCACUCGGGUGACUCACUUCUCCGCGCCGGAUUAUCAGGAAAACCAGGUUUCAUCCGUGGUGUCCGUGGAUCUUUGUUUUGGCAAUUCCGUGGGUGCCCCCGCUCUGGGAGAAUGGUCGCGGCUGUACCCCACCUGUGAUCUGCAGGACUCCUGAACAAGGACCCUGUGAUCCCGAUAUCGCCGCCCACACCGAGCCCGCUUCCAGAGGAUCAGCUUGGGCCUGCUUUACAGCCUGUCUGCCAAGCUUUCGGAUCGGAUAAAGGAUUUUAGGUCUCAGACAUGCCCAGCUCUGGUAGCCAGGCUCCCGGUGGAUCAUGACUGCGGCGGCGAACUGGGCAGCCAACGGGGCGAGCCUGGAGGACUGUCAUUCUAACCUCUUCUCAUUGGCUGAACUGACCGGCAUUAAAUGGCGUCGAUACAACUUUCAGGGCCAUGGCGAUUGCAGCCCGAUCAUCUCUGCUCCAGCCCAGGACGACCCCAUCCUGCUGAGCUUUAUCCGCUGCCUGCAGGCCAACCUGCUCUGUGUGUGGAGACGCGAGGUCAAGCCUGACCGCAAAGAGCUCUGGGUCUUCUGGUGGGGAGAAGAGCCGAACCUCGGCGAUGUCAUACACCACGAGCUGUUCAUGGCUGAAGAGGGGCUGUGGGAGAAUGGACUGUCAUACGAGUGCCGAACAUUGCUCUUCAAGGCCAUCCACAAUCUGCUUGAAAGGUGUCUGCUGGACAAGAGUUUUGUACGAAUUGGGAAGUGGUUCGUGAAGCCCUGUGAAAAGGAAGAGAAGUCCGUAGCCAAGAGUGAAAACCUCUCGUGCUCCUUCACCUUUUUCUUGCACGGGGAAAGCAAUGUUUGCACAAGUGUGGAGAUUGCUCAGCAUCAGCCAGUGUACCUUGUCAACCAACAGCAUCUCCAGAUGGCCCAGACCUCAUCCACGCCUUGCCAAGUGAUCCUGAGUCCAUAUGGGUUGAGCGGUACACUAACUGGCCAUGCCUACAAAAGCUCUGACCCCAGUACCCGUAAGCUGCUGGAGGAAUGGCGCCCUUUCUAUCCCACCGUACUAUGUGCCAGGAAGGAGCAGCUAGGAAGUGAAGAUCUUCUGUAUGAUGAUGAUUCCCCUGCAGCUGUGGAAGUCAUCGUGGGUGGUGUUCGGAUGGUGUACCCCUCAUCGUUUGUUCUCAUUGCCCACAGCGAUCUGCCCAUUCCUCCUACUGUGGGCAGCACAGGGCAAAGUAACUCUGGUUGUCAUCAAAACACCUCUGUUGCUAAAGAUCCCAGUCCAUGCAGGAUGCCCCUCACGCCACCCACCUCUCCAGAUCACACAACUCCAGGUGAUGGGAAGGGAACGUCCACCGGCUUUACCAACCAGGCAACAGGGGAAAACCCUUCCGAUCCAAUGCAUAGCCCCAAACGCGCAGGAAGGAGCUAUCAGAAACUACACAGUAAUAUGGCGCAGAGAGCCUGGAGAGAGUGCGUCAUGAGCAAAAGCCAGUCCAAGUUGACUGCUGCCAGCCAGCAAGAGGAGGAGAUGCCUGUCAUCAGAACCCCCUGGGACUUUGUAGUUCCUGCUCAGAAAGUGAACUGCUCCUGCUCUAGACACAAGCAGUCCAAGCAGCGUGCUGCACUUGGUGCUGGCCGCCUGCCCUCUGUUUCCCAGCCGAGUGUUGGAGGGGCAACUUCCUCUAACAGCACUUCCCUUCCGCCACUGGCAUCUUCCAAGCACAAGCCUAGUGAUCGUCAGGAGAAGGCAGAGAAACUUCAAAAGAAGACCACCACGCCAUUCCAUCAUCGUCCAUCACCUACGCAGAGCGAGCAAUACCUGACACAAGAACAAACGGAUCUAAACCACCAAGGUACAGAGUCUGGGACUGGAACAGCAACUAACAGGCAGUACCCAAGUGCUCCCUCUACUGGUGAAUUGGAUCCACUGAUACCAGUACAACCCACAGACUCGCCACAUUCUCCUUCUUCUCCAAUGCCCCCCACACUUAGCCCACAGCCUCCACACCAUGAAAUUGAAGUCCAUGAUCCGGAUUUGGCAGCAUGCAACUCUUCUCUGUACCCAAAUGGACUGGAAAUGCAGCCGCUUGAUGACAGGACGAUGAUGGUGGCAGGCAUGAGCUUGCCCAUGAUGACAGAGAUAAGUGAAACCAGCCUCUACUGCUCAGGGCUGCCUCAAAGCCAACAAACUGGGGAUACUUGGCAUGGCUACAGGCUGCCAUCCACAGAUGACCAAGACUUUGUUCCACCAGAGAUACAAGGAGAAUGGUAUGAAAGCAAGCAGGAGCUGGGACCAGAAAGCACUGCACUGAAGAGGCUCCUCUCUCAGCCAAACAAACGUUUCAAAGUGUUGGAUGAGAAACGUCCAUUUCCGCCAGACUCUCUUACGUGUAUGGAUCAGCUCCGCAUGCUUUCAUGUGAUGGCUUUGGGGAUUCCAUAGACCCUUACACUUUUGAGGAUGGAGACAUCAAGUACAGUUUCACCACCACAAAGAAGUGCAAGAUGGGAGCCGAAAGCGAUCGGAAGCUAAAGACUGAUGAGGGAUUUGAGAAAGUUUCAUCACCGACAGAACACCCUGCCCCAGUGCCUGAUGGGAAAGAUGCCAUGUCCAUAUUUAGUCCCUCAACCAAAUCAGACCCGCGGCAGGACCGAGGGGUGGCGGCCAGCCUUACGCAAGUAACAGACCUGGCUCCUUCUUUAAAUGACCUGGACAACAUCUUUGACAAUUCGGAGGAUGAGGACUUGGCUGGUUCUCCAGGAUCUCGUGCAAUAAAAGUACCCCCAGGAGGGGCAGAUGAUCGGGCGCAUGGCAAAGACGGAAGGGCAACUGUUCCGUACCUACCGACAGUGGCCGACUUGCAGAGGAUGUUUCCCACUCCGCCUUCCCUGGAGCAGCACCCUGCCUUCUCCCCCAUUAUGAUGUACAAAGAUGGGGUGGGCUCAGAAACGGCAGCAGUUCUGGGCAUGAUGGAGAGUCCCAUGGUGAGCUUGGCCUCCAUACAGCAUGUAGAGUUCAAGAUGGAGGUGGAGGAAGGCCUGUGCAGUCCAAAACCCGAGGAGAUUAAGGAUUUCUCUUAUGUGCACAGACUUCCUACCUGUCAGCCCUUCUUGGGUUCGUCCAUGUUUGCACCACUCAAGUCUUUGCCUAGCCAGUGCCUGCUGUCCUUGAAGAUACCAGACGCCUGCGUAUAUCGACCUUCUUGGGCAGCUCCCCCAAAGAUUCAGCACCUUCCCCUACCUGCUACAUCGUCUUUCAGUAGAGAUGGUUACAUGAAUGUGCCAAGUGUGGGUAGUUUGACGGAUCCUGACUAUCUUCAGUUAAACACUCCACAAACCAACACACCAGUUGCACCAUGUAGCACGGCUCCAGCCAGCAACAGUGGAACUGGUGGUGUCCUGCCUUCCCCAGCCACUCCUCGCUUUUCUGUUCCUACUCCGCGAACACCAAGAACCCCUAGAACUCCACGGGGUGGUGGAGGAGCCAGCGGCCAGGGUUCUGCAAAGUAUGACGGCACAGACAUCUGUUCACCUGCCUCUACUCCGUCGACGACCAGGCCCCUGAGCUCAGUUGAACCAGCCAGCAGUCACCCAGCUCCCGAAGCCCACAGCCUAUAUGUCACUUUACUCCUUUCUGACUCUGUCCUCAACAUAUUCAAAGACCGGAACUUUGAUAGCUGUUGCAUUUGUGCCUGCAAUCUCAACAUCAAGGGAUCUGAUGUAGGCAUCUAUAUCCCAGACUCAUCUAAUGAAGACCAGUAUCGCUGUACCUGUGGAUUCAGUGCCAUUAUCAACCGUCGCCUAGGUUACCACUCUGGACUCUUUAUAGAGGAUGAGAUGGACAUCUUUGGCAGGUCAUCUGAUGUUGGCCAGGCUAUAGAAAAAAGAUUAAACCUACUUGAGGCAACAAGAAAAGAUGUAGAAACUCUGCAGCCUGGCCUUCUACUGCUUCUGCAGAGUCAAUGUACUCGUCCUUUUACCAGCAACGGAGGCCUAUGGGACCUGCCUCACUGUCGGAGGGAUUCUCUUCUGGAGGGUCCCAUCUGGAAUUAUGACAAAGUGCAAGUUGAGAGCUUGGAUGCAUGGCCGGAAUGCCUGAAUGCAUUAGAGCAAGGGAGACAGUAUGUGGACAACCCUACCGGAGGAAGAGUGGAUGAGGCUCUGGUUAAGAGCGCCACCUUUCAUAUCUGGCCACACAGAAAUGUGAUGGAUGUGAGCAUGCUGCCAUCUCAGGAUGUGGUGCGAAUGCUGCUUUCCCUGCAGCCAUUUCUUCAAGAUGCCAUCCAGAAGAAGAGGACAGGGCGAACGUGGGAAAACAUCCAACAUGUUCAGGGCCCCCUAACGUGGCAGCAGUUUCACAAGAUGGCAGGGCGUGGAUCCUACGGCUCUGAAGAAUCUCCAGAACCUCUCCCCAUACCUAACCUUCUGGUCGGUUAUGACAAGGACUUCCUGACAGUCGCCCCCUUCUCUCUUCCCUUUUGGGAGCGUCUUCUGCUUGAGCCUUAUGGAGGACAGAGAGAUGUGGGAUAUCUGGUGCUGUGUCCUGAAAACCCAGCUCUACUAGAUGGAGCAAAAUCAUUUUUUAGGGACCUAAGUGCUGUAUAUGAGAUGUGCCGUCUGGGCCAGCAUCGGCCAAUCAGUAAGGUGCUUAGUGAUGGGAUCAUGAAAGUUGGCCUAUCAGAAGUGGAGGCGUCUGCGGAGGAGAACACCAAGGAGGAAAUGGAUAAUCAUGCACGUUUGCGUCUCUACAUGCAGACCUGUCGCCAGCAUCUUGCUCCUUACAUUUCCUCACUACAGUUGGAUAGCAGCCUGCUGUUACCGCCCAAAAGCCAGUCGCAUUCUCAGCAAAACACCCCAAGCCCUCCUGUGCCCCCCUCUGUGCCCAGCCUUCCCUUCAGCGCCACUGUUAAUGGCACGGGGACCACAUCCCUGGCACCACCCACAGCCUCGUCCAUAUCUGUUGGGAACAGCACUGGCCCAGCUGGACAUGGCAACAAUUCAGCGCAGAGCUCUUCAAACCCCACUGAAAGGCCGUCAGCCACCCAGCCUAGCGGAGAAGGAGGACCCAACCCGCAAGCUACACAGCAGGAAACACCUGAGAGUACAACAGACAGAGAGAAAAUUGGCAUCCCCACAGAGCCAGAUGCAGCUGGGGGUCUCACUCCAUUCCCUGCAAUAGUCAUAUACAUGGUGGACCCCUUUCUGUACCCAGCUGAUGAGUCUCACACAGAGAACUUCUGGCUUCUUGGCUUGAUCCGAUCCUUCACGGACAUCCUGGAGAGUUUACCGGAGCAACACCGUGCGUCAUGUAUCCUGCAGGUGGUGCCCUGCAGAUAUCUCCUACAGGCUCUGAACAACGAGCCAGUUACCUACAUCCAGCAUCUGAAGACUCUGGCUUUCUCUGUGUACUGCCAGUGCCGGCGGCCGAUAGCCUCACAGAUUCCCAUUAAAUCCCUCACUGGCUUUGGUCCCGCUGCUGCCCUUAAUGCAAUACUCAGGAACCCAGAGCACCCUAGCCCUGGUCAGUUGUACUCCCCACCUUUCCUGCUAGCCCCCACCAAAGACAAACAGACAGAGUUGGGUGAAACAUUUGGCGAGGCAGGCCAGAAAUACAACGUGCUCUUCGUGGGAUAUUGCCUGUCCCAUGACCAGCGCUGGCUGUUGGCCUCCUGCACCGAUCUCAAUGGAGAGCUGCUAGACACGUGUGUGGUGAAUAUCCAUGUGCCUAACAGGUUUCGGAGGAAAAAAGUAUCGCCAAGGAAGAUGGGGUUGCAGAAACUGUGGGAGUGGUGUGUGGGGAUCAUGCAGAUGACAUCAUUACCAUGGAGAGUGGUGAUUGGACGGCUAGGGCGACUGGGUCAUGGCGAGUUGAAAGACUGGAGUAUCUUGCUUGGAGAAUGUUCUCUACAGACCAUCAGCCGUCAGCUUAAAGAGACUUGCAGAAUGUGUGGCAUAUCAGCUGCCGACUCACCUUCUAUCCUUAGUGCCUGCCUCGUAGCUAUGGAGCCCCAAGGAUCUUUCACGGUCAUGCCUGAUGCGGUGACAAUGGGCUCCGUGUUUGGCCGCAGCACUGCUUUGAAUCUUCAAACCUCCCAGCUCAGCACCCCACAAGAUGCCUCCUGCACCCACAUUCUGGUGUUUCCUACUUCAGCCACCAUCCAGGUUGCUCCUGCUAAUUAUCCCAACGAGGAUGGAUUUAGCCCCAAUAAUGAUAUGUUUGAUCUGCCAUUCCCGGAUGACAUGGACAACGACAUUGGAAUAUUAAUUACAGGGAAUCUGCACUCUCCUCCAAACUCUUCUCCGGGAUCCCCCACUGGCAUUGGGGUGGGAUCCCACUUCCAGCACAGCAGGUGUCAAGGUGAACGUCUCCUUUCCCGAGAGACACCGGAAGAACUCAAGCAGCAGCCCCUGGCAUUGGGAUACUAUGUGUCUACGGCAAAAGCAGACAACCUGCCGGAUUGGUUUUGGUCAUCGUGUCCUCAGGCUCAAAAGCAAUGUCCCCUCUUUCUAAAGGCCUCUCUGCACCAUCACAUCUCAGUUUCUCACAGCGAUGACCUCAUUCCUGUACGAACCUCUCAACGUGUUCCUCAUCCCCUGGACUCCAAGACUACAUCGGAUGUUCUAAGGUUUGUGCUGGAGCAGUAUAACGCCCUUUCAUGGUUGACUUGUAAUCCAGCCACUCAGGACCGAACAUCCUGUCUACCUGUUCACUUCACGGUGCUCACACAGAUGUACAACAUGGUGAUGGACACACUCUGAAUAUUCUAAUAUGUGACAUCUAAAAAUCUCCAGCUAAAUUCUGAAACCCAAACCAUUUUGCAGCAUCUCCUCCUGAACUCCAGAAUGAA